UAGCCGGCGCCGCGCGGGCGCCGCGGCAGGUGGAGCAGUUCCGAGCCGCGCGCUGCGCUCCCGGACGCACGAUGGGCAACUGCGCGGGCCGCAGCGACUUCGAGUGGGUCUACACCGACCAGCCGCACACGCAGCGGCGCAAGGAGAUGCUGGCCAAGUACCCGGCCAUCAAGGACCUGAUGCGGCCAGACCCAUAUAUCAAGUGGACAGUGACAGGGCUGGUGCUGUCACAGCUGCUGGCCUGCUGGCUGGUGCAGGGGCUGGCCUGGCGCUGGCUCUUCUUCUGGGCCUAUGCCUUUGGCGGCUGCGUGAACCACUCCCUGACGCUGGCCAUCCACGACAUCUCCCACAACACUGCCUUCGGCACCGGCCGCCCUGCCCACAACCGCUGGUUCGCCAUCUUCGCCAACCUGCCCAUGGGCGUGCCCUACUCGGCCUCCUUCAAGAAGUACCACGUGGACCACCACCGCUACCUGGGCGGCGAUGGGCUGGACGUGGACAUCCCCACGCGCCUGGAGGGCUGGCUCUUCUGCACGCCGGCCCGCAAGCUGCUGUGGCUGGUGCUGCAGCCCUUCUUCUACUCGCUGCGGCCGCUCUGUGUCAACCCCAAGGCCGUGACCCGCAUGGAGGUGCUCAACACCCUGGUGCAGCUGCUGGUCGACGCCGCCAUCUUUGCCCUUUGGGGCAUCAAGCCUGUGGCCUACCUUCUGGCCAGCUCCCUGCUGGGCCUGGGCCUGCACCCCAUCUCCGGCCACUUCGUGGCUGAGCACUACAUGUUCCUCAAGGGCCACGAGACCUACUCCUACUACGGGCCCCUCAACUGGAUCACCUUCAACGUGGGCUACCACAUGGAGCACCACGACUUCCCCAGCAUCCCGGGCUGCAACCUGCCCCUGGUGCGGAAGAUCGCGCCCGAGUACUACGACCACCUGCCGCAGCACCACUCGUGGGUGAAGGUGCUCUGGGAUUUUGUGUUCGAGGACUCCCUGGGACCCUAUGCCAGGGUGAAGCGGGUGUGCAAGCUGGCAGAGGACCGCCUGUGAGCCCUGCCAGGGAGCCUGCGACCCGACCCCGCCCACACUGCCCGGCUGGCUGCUGCUUCCCCCGUGCCCAUGGGCAGUGCCCCAGACGGGUUUGGCUGCUGCAUACCCCGUGCGAAUGGGCAGUGCCCCAGUCGGGUUUGGCUGCUGCAUCCCCCGUGCCCAUGGGCAGUGCCCCAGACGGGUUUGGCUGCUGCAUCCCCCGUGCGCAUGGGCAGUGCCCCCAGAUGGGUUUGGCUGCAUCGAUUCUGGCUUUUGUCCGCAGAGCCCUGGGAGUUGCCAUUAGCAGCCAUGCCUGUCAACAGUGGGCCCAGGCUGCAUCCUGCUCUGCACAGGGACUCUCAGUGGACCUUUUUGGGCUCAAUGGGCAAGGCCUGGCUCUGCCACCUGGACCAGGGUGCCCUGGGCCCAUGAUCCCCACGGAGCUGACUUCUCUGGAUUCUUGUGCCCUAAAUUAAACCCAGUGCUUGUUUUCA